GCUUCCCUUGCUCUUCCUGGAUACUGAGGUUUCGCGGUAGCCGCGUCGAUCCGCUAAUCCGCCGCGGCACGGGGAGGGUCUGGAGCGCGAGGGCUGGGGCCUGGGGCCCGAAGACCGGCCCGCCGCGGGACGUGCCGUCGACGAGGGGUCCUCACCCCCGCCGCCUGGAGCGGCCCCCUGCUCACUCCCUGGCCCUGCCCUCAUUCACUCUCAUGUACAACCAACUCGGUUUGUCCUCCGUUCCUUGGCUGCUGAGGGCUUAGGAGUCCCUGUGCUCCGCACUAAGCGGCCCGGCACCGUACCCCCAGGGGAGAGGCCCUGCCCUCUUGCCCUCAGAAAGAAGACCUGGGUAGCAGGAGCAGGCUUUCCCUCUGCUUCCCAGGCCCAGCCGGCUCAUGGUGAGGCCUGCCCCCAGGAGCAUGCCAUGGAGGAGUUAGGGCACUCCUACAGCCGUCUGUGCAGGGAGUGUGGGGCCGAGCCCCAGGAAAGUGUCCUGCAGCAACUGCAGGAGCUGCCACGGGGUCGGCUGGAUCUGGCCACUCAGAGCCUGACGGUGGACACCUGCAGGGCCUUGGGUGAGCUGCUGCGGAAGGAGACACUGCUGACGGAGCUCAUCCUGAGUGACUGCAUGCUGAGCGAGGAAGGGGCCACACUACUGCUCCAGGGAAUGUGUGCCAACACCGUUGUGCGGUUUCUGGAUCUAAAGGGCAAUAACCUGCGAGGUGCAGGGGCCGAAGCUCUGGCGAGACUCCUCCGCCAGAACAAAACCAUCCAGAGUCUCACCCUGGAGUGGAACAACUUGGGCACGUGGGAAGAUGCCUUCGCCACCUUCUGCGGGGCCCUGGCGGGCAACGGUGCCCUGCGGCAGCUGGACCUCCGCAACAACCAGAUCAGCCACAAGGGUGCGGAGCAGCUGGCCCUGGCCUUGACGCGCAACGCCUGCCUCCAGCAGCUGGACUUGCGCUGGAACGACAUUGGCCUCCUGGGGGGCCGGGCCCUGGUGAGCUGUCUGCCCCGCAACAGAACCCUGUGGAGGCUGGAGCUGGUGGGGAAUAACGUCCCCGGGGACAUUCUCAGAGCCGUGGAGCAAGCCAUGGACCACAACCAGGACCGGCAGACCACCUUCCGGGAGAACCAGGCCCGCACCCGGCUGCUCAGCAAGGAGGUGCAGCACCUCCAGGAAGAGAAAUCCAAGCAGUUUCUAGACUUGAUGGAGACGAUUGAGAAGCAGCAGAAGGAAAUGGCCAGGAGCAGCAGGGCGUCGGCGGUACGCACAGAGCAGCUGCAGGAAGCCCUGAACGAGAGGCACUCCGUCAUCAAUGCCCUCAAGGCCAAGCUGCAGAUGUCCGAGGCCGCCCUGGCCCUGUCCGAGCAGAAGGCCCAAGGCCUGGGGGAGCUCUUGGCCUCGACGGUGCAGGAGCAGCGAAGCAUGGCGGAGAGGCAGGCAGAUGAGCACAGGCUAGAGCGGCAGGAAGCUUCGGAGAGGGAAUCCCAGCUCCUCAGAGACUUAUCUGCUGCCCACGAGAAGACCCUCCUUCUGCGAAACCAGGUGGACGAGUUGGAGCGGAAGGUGACAGCCCAGCAGGAGCAGCUGUUCGCGGCCAGGCAGGAGCUGACCAACACGGCGGCCGAGCUGAAGACAAGGGCCAUCCAAGCGGAGGAGCGUCUGGAACUAGAGAAGAAAAGGUCCCGUCAGAGCCUGGAGGACUUGGAGCGGCUGCAUGCCAAGGAGGUGGAGCACAUGACUCGCCACUUGGAAGAGAGUGAGAGGGCCAUGCAGGAGAGGGUACAGAGGCUGGAGGCCUCACGACUGUCCCUGGAGGAGGAGCUGAGCCGAGUGAAGGCGGCGGCUCUCAGUGAGCGUGGCCAGGCUGAGGAGGAGCUCAUCAAGGCCAAGAACCAAGUCCGUCUGGAGGAGCGUCAGCGCCUGGCUCACCUGGAGGAGAAGCUGCGGCUGCUGGCUCAGGCGCGGGAUGAGGCUCAGAGCGCCUGCCUGCAGCAGAGGCAGACGGUGGCCGAUGCGCAGGCGCGGGCUGGCCAGCUGGGCCUGCAGGUGGAGGGCCUGAGGCGGCGCCUGGAGGAGCUGCACCCCAGCGGCAUGCUGCAGGAGCCCCAUGUCCCAGCAGGGCGGCAGCCACGCCCGCCGCCUCCCGGUGGUCACCUGCGAUCACUGCAGGGGAAGAAGCUCAGCGAGGAGGCAAGGCCCCGUCCGGAGAACGGCAGCGGGUGGGGCCUGGGGGAACCUGGAGGACGUGGCCAGGGUCCCCUGGAUGCAGACCCCACUCAGCGCCCCCUGGGAGCUGAGACCCGGGCCAAGCUCAGCUCUGUACCCCAGCCGGCUGCCGCCAGGUAA